AUGAAACUCCUCGUUUCGUUUUUCAUCGCUAUCAUUGCUAUUGUCUUGACUUGCAAUACAUCUACUUUCACAUCUACUUUCUUCAACCAGUUCACUAGAUACUUUACCACUACAACUACAUCUACCACCACCACGAACACUACCACCACCACAAAUCCAACCAACAUGUCCGUCCCCCGCGCCAUCCGCCAAGCCUUCCUGGCCAUCGAACAAGCCGAAGGCGCCGGCGCGCGCGUCCGCCGCUCCAUCGGCACACGCAACCUGCGCAACUUCAGCCCCUUCCUAAUGCUGGACCACUUCACAAUCGGCAAGGGCGCCGGAUUCCCCGACCACCCACACCGGGGCCAAGAAACCAUCACGUACCUCCUCUCGGGCGGCGUGGACCACGAAGACUUCGCCGGAAACCGGGGCACGAUCGGCCCCGGAGACCUACAAUUCAUGACCGCCGGCCGGGGAAUCAUGCACGCGGAGAUGCCGCACGAGAAUCCCGAUGGGAGUCCCAACGUGGGCAUGCAGCUGUGGGUGGACCUGCCCAAGGAGUUGAAGAUGUGCGAGCCGCGGUACCGCGAUCUGCGGGCGUCAGAGAUCCCUAUUGCGAAGGCGGAUGAUGGGCGCGUCACGGUGAAGGUCAUCUCGGGUCAGUCGCAUGGAGUGGAUUCCGUGAGGGAUCUGGCGUAUACGCCUGUUUGGUUGUUGGAUGUGACGGUUAAGCCGGGCGGUCGGGUCAAGCAGGUGUUGCCGGUUGGGUGGAAUGCGUUUGCGUAUACCUUGGCUGGGAAGACGAUUUUCGGGUCUGGUGGGGAGACGAAGACCAUUAAGGAGUUUCAUAAUGUGGUGUUUGAGCAGCAGGGUGAUUUUGUCGAGGCGUCGGUGCCGGAGAAUGCGGAUGAGGAAGGAAGGUUCAUUUUGGUGGCGGGCCAGCCGUUGGAUCAGAAGGUCGUGCAGUAUGGCCCGUUUGUGCUGAAUAGUGAGCAGGAGGUGUAUCAGGCUAUGGUGGACUUUCAGACUGCGUCGAAUGGGUUUGAGAAGUCUAGGAAUUGGGAGAGUGAGAUUGGGAAGCGCAUGGCUUAUUAG